AUGAUCCAGAAUUUGGUGACCUACAACCAACAGAUCGGAGUGUUGACCAUUCCCCCUCCCAUCCUUUCGCGAGUCUAUCAGACACUCUCGCGAGGCUUUGUGAACCUGCUCAAUGCCAAGAAGAUUGCAGACACACGGUUUCCCUUUCCCUGGGCUCAGAUUAUCACCAUGCUGAUUGUGUCUUAUUGCAUCUCAACGCCUUUGGUGGUCUCCGCGAUUAUUAAGCAAUUUGCAUGGGCGAUGUUGGUGACCUUCAUUCCGGUCUUCAGCAUCAUCGCCCUGAACAUCGUUUGCGCACAACUGGAAAUGCCCUUUGGCAGCGAUGCCAACGAUUUGCCGCUGCAGCAUUUCCAGGAGCGGCAUCAGUGGGGAAAAGUGUCGUGGCAUCGAGUGGCCUUUUACAUUCGGCGCUUCAUGGCCGAAUCCUGUGUUUGCGUCCAUGAGACUCUUUUUGCAUAUGGCCGUUCAUGUGUAUUGUUAUUUUAUAUACAUCUCGGGCGGAGACAUGUCGCCCCCGUUAUGUUGCUUGUAUGCCCCUCUUGGGACUGUUGGCUCAAUCCCGUUUGA